AUGGCAUGCUUAUUGCUCCUCCUACUUUCCUCACUGGCCUUGGGUAUUCAUUCAGAAAUAAAACAGGAAGUAGCAGAGACUGUCCACUUUGUGGAGUCAAACUGGUCUGCAGAUGAUACUGUGCCACCUGAGAAGUUGGUCCUCAUCUGCAACAUAUCUCAGGAAGAGGCUGAUUCUGUAUAUUGGACGAAAAACCAGAAAUGGCAAGGAAAUGGCAAACACCUGCAGAUCACAGUCCAGGAGCCUCCAGAUGCUGGCAACUAUUUCUGUUGGAGCAAUACCACACAUGAGCUUUUAACAAACGCUACUGUAUACCUCACAAAGAUAUAUCCUAGUGGGGAAAUAGCUAACCCAAUUCUGAGACGUCUUCCAGUCCAGGAGCCUCCAGAUGCUGGCAACUAUUUCUGUUGGAGCAAUACCACACAUGAGCUUUUAACAAACGCUACUGUAUACCUCACAAAGAUAUAUCCUAGUGGGGAAAUAGCUAACCCAAUUCUGAGACGUCUUCCAGAAAGCAAGAUCUACUUCAAAUGUACAGCAAACAAUUACUCCGGGAUAUUCACAUGCAUUUGGAUUUCAGCUAUCAAGGAAACAGAGCUGAUGUUUAAGAUUGGAAGUCAUAUGAAGUCUCAAGGAAAUGCUUCAGAAGAGAUAGUUUGUGAUGAACCUGUGAAUGAUUCCAGUGAAAGAAAUCUAAAAAGGUACUCAGCUUCCUGCAGAAAACAAAAUAGUACUUGUCCUUCCACUGAAGAGUACCAACCGAUUGAGAUGGUUCUACAGGUUUUUCAUGGAUUUGUAUAUGAAGACCACAGACACACCUUCUUCAUCAAAGACAUCUUAAAGCCUGACAUAUCUGAAUGCUACAAUAACAAGGGCUUAUUGACAUGGACACCGCCCCAGACUUGGAGCACUCCAAUUUCUUAUUAUGGGCUGACGUACCAGAUAAAAAUGCAUGGACAGAUCUGUGAGGUUUCUAGUGCUACGAUACUUCAAAAUGAAAAUACAUUAAGUUGCUACAACCGAAGAUGUUCACGCGAGACAUGUGUUAUUCGAUCCAGGGAUCGCUAUAACAUAAAUUCUGCUUGGAGUAACUGGUCUUCGUGCAAUAAUGGAAUGAAUGACAAGCCAUCCCAUCACAGGCAUGAAGACAAAGCUAAAAUCGAGCCAUGCAAAUGUCAGAAGAAUUAA